CGUGGAGUGAGUGAGAGACAUUUUGUGUUGUAUUUUCCUGCGCAGCUGCUGUGGUGGUCUUGGAGGAGUGGAGAGCAUGUGACUGACUCCUGUGGGACAGACGAGUCUUCGCUGACGUCCAGCGUUCUCCAGCCUUCAGCUCUGCACAAGACGCUUGAGAAAUGGACGUGCCCAACUGAGCCUGGUUUCUCUCGAGGUUUUUUAAUUCUUCACUUUCGCCAACUGGUGAAGUUUUUUCCUCGCCGCUGUCGCCACUGGCUUGGAUGGUUCGGGAGCUGCGCAUGGAUUUGCUCCUCCGUGUUUGGACUCUCAGUAUUGAAUAUUAAACCACACUGAACUGAGCUAAACUGAACUUAAACUCUGAAAAGUGAACUGACACGGUUUCAAUUUACUAUAAUCUUCUAUGUGAAGCUGCUUUGACACAAUCUACAUUGUAAAAGCGCUAUACAAAUAAAGCUGAAUUGAAUAUUUUGUGUAAGAAAACGUUCACUAAAAUUCGGUUCGAUACCCUUACGAACUAAAAACUGUGAACUGGAUAACGAACUUGCUUGAAGCAUCACUGUGAGACGAAGCACGCCAGACAGCUGUGAGGGCUCAACCAGUCUGCGAGCAUCGCUGGCAGAGUUUGGCGUUGGAUGGUAUCAGAGUACACCUGGAUAACUGAGCUUGUGAAAAUGGAGCCUCUGUCUGCAGCAAACACACAGUUUUCCCUCAACCUGUUCGAGAAGAUCAGUGGAGGAAACGCAUCAGGAAAUGUGUUUUAUUCUCCUGUCAGCAUCUCCUCGGCUCUGGCCAUGGUGUCGCUCGGUGCCAAAGGAAACACCGCAGAUCAGAUGUUUAAGGUGUUGGGUCUUGCCAAUCCAGCCGCUGCGACUCCAGACGCUCAUCAACCAGUGGAGCAAAUUCACUCAAGCUUCAAUGAGUUGAUGAGUGAACUGAACAAACCAGGAGCCCCGUAUGUGCUGAGUCUCGCCAACCGCCUCUACGGAGAGCAAACCUACCAGUUUCUUGAGAAAUUCCUCAACGACACAAAAAGAUACUAUGAAGCCGGACUGGAGAAGGUGGACUUGAAGAAUAAACCAGAGGACGCACGUGUCAACAUCAACACAUGGGUGGAGGAAAACACACAAGAGAAGAUCAAGGAUUUGCUGCCAUCAGGAGCCAUUGAUGAACUUACAAGACUGGUUUUGGUGAACGCCAUCUACUUCAAGGGGAACUGGGAGGCGAAAUUCCCAAAAGAAGCCACCAGAAAUGGGACGUUUAGGCUGAAAUGGUAUAAAACUAAACCAGUGAAGAUGAUGCAUCAGACAUCAGUGUUUCCAAUUGGCAAAAUCCCAGAGAUGAGGAGUAAGGUUCUGGAGCUGCCGUAUGAGGGGAACAAUAUCAGUAUGUUGAUCAUUCUUCCUGGUGGAACCACUAGCCUUCAGAAGCUUGAGAAGGCACUGACCUAUGAGAAGCUCAUGGAGUGGACCAAACCAGAAGUGAUGCGUCAACAGGAAGUUCAAGUCUCUCUGCCCAGAUUCAAGAUGGAGCAAACCUACGACAUGAAGAGUCUUCUGAUCAGCAUGGGGAUGGAGGAUGUGUUUGACCCAAAGAAGGUUAAUCUAACAGGCAUGUCCUCCAGCAAUGACCUGGUGCUGUCCAAGGUCAUUCAUAAAGCCUUCGUUGAGGUCAAUGAAGAAGGAACCGAAGCGGCUGCAGCCACUGAUUUAUUUAAGGAACUUUCCUUGUUCUCAACUCCAAAAACCUUCACUGCAGAUCACCCGUUCCUUUUCUUUAUCCGACACAAUCCCACGAAUGUCAUUCUGUUUUAUGGACGCUUCUGUUCUCCUUAGAGUGCUAAUGAUGGUGUGAUACUAACAGGGGCGGACUUAGUGACUUGGGGGCCCUAAGGAAUUCCAGGUAUGAAGCCCUAGCCUUAAAACUCAAAACACUCCCUUUCUAGAUGUUUUUUUUCCUCUGUAGAUUCGUUUUCGAGGGGGUUUUUUUUUGUUUGUAAAUAAACAGCAUGCUAAAAACAUGUUUUAAGUGGAAGCUUUAUCCUCUUAAUGUAAAAUUAAAUACAAUAGUCUGCAACAGUUGUGUAGUGGUUUGUACGUCGACACAUGCACUCUGAUGCUCACGGCGACCUGAGUUUGAUUCUGCCUCGCAGACCUGUGCCGAUCCUACCCCACUCUCUGCUCCCCCCAAAAACAUGUUAAAUUAAAUACAAUAAAUUCACAAAUUAAAGAAAAAAAAAAAGUUCACAAACUAACUAUAUCCUCCUGAGACCCAAAGAAAUAUAUAUAUUUUUUAUUUCUGUGAUUUCCUACAUCCUACAAGAGUUUUUACAUUUUGUUUUUAUUUUUAAUUUUACAGCAUGUCCACUAUAGUGGACUACAGGACCAUUUUAGUUGGUAACUGUCACCGUACCUCGCGUUAUUGCUCUCUUCUCCUGCCUUGCAUUACAGAUGACCUCUUUUUACCUGCUUUUAUUUGCAUUCACAAGAGCACCGGUCAUUUCAGCUAAUUCUUUCCACCUGCCUUUUAUUCCCUAUUUACAGCACUUCAUUUCCCUUCAUGUUUGUUGUCGCUUGUGUGUCUGUGCGAAGCAUUCCAUUACUCACCAUGUAUUUGCGUCCAGGACUGCCAGUGAGCGAGCGUCCCGUUGUUCUGGGGUUUUUUUCCUUGAUGCUUCCUCAGCGUUCACCCAACUGGGUUACUUUGGUUUUGAUGCUUUCCCUGAGACCCGCUCCUUAAAUAAAGGCUUUGUUUGUCUGCAUUUGAGUUCACCUCUUCAUUGCUUGUGACAGGAAACGACCGCCACUCAGACAACAAAACUGUACAGGAUAUGGCUGUAAAGGGAUAAUAAUCCAAUAUUAAUGCAACAAAAACAAAACAAGAGCCAUUUUUUUCUUUUGUAUUGAAAUUCCUGAAACAGUUCAGUCUGAAAGAGAGCCGAACUCAAAAAAACAACACAAAA